AUGUUCAACAAAUAUGGCGAAGAUCACUAUCUUGAUGAAGCGCAGCUGCUGGGGUAUCAUGUUCUACCGGGGCGGCAAUCAGUACUCAAUUACACUCGGGAUGCUUUGGCACGGCCGAUCAGAGUCUUCACGGAAAUGAUUUCGUGCGUAUCUGAAGGAUCUUUCACGCUAGACAACUCCCGUGGCAACCUCUUCCCCGAGAUUGACAACCAGAUCUGUGCGCAGUCCCAGUUCGAAAAACACAUCGGCAUGACAUGGAAACAAGCCAUUGAAGUGCUCUCGGGCAAGUGUUUUCUCAAGUCUGAACAGAUGCACCCAGCGAAGGGAAAUCAGUCAGAUGUGCACGGUGAUGUGCCGGAUGAGGGUGUCUCAUCCGAGGUCCGCCCGGCGAUGUUGCCGGAGGUUCGCAUGGAGGCCACGUUUGAGGCCCGCGCAAGAGAAAUCGGCUUCUCGGAUGCCGAAAUCGCGUUAUUCAAACAGCAAGGUUGGGACACUUUCGGGCGGUUGGCCUUCGCAAAGAAUUACACACCGGGUCAGGCCGACGACCAACCGCUCAUCGAACUCGCCGCAAUCAUCACUAACACCACUCCGCCCCCACCAAAUCGGGUGCCUUUGGUACGGAGGAUCGUGUUUGAGAGCUACACCUUCGCCUCAGCGGACCUUAAACGCCGCAUCGACAGAAAAGAUGACGACACCCCGAGAAAGCUCGCUGUGGCGGAGAGGGCAUCACGGCACCAUGAUCAGGUCCGGCGACUCCGGGGCCUCAACUUGGUUGGGGAGCUUGAAGCCAGCCAUUCGUUGAUUGACGCAGUCGUACAAAUGUACGAUGACAACCAGCUUCGUUAUCUGCGAUGGGAUCAAUGUACCAAACGAGAUCAAGAGCUGAUGGGCAUCAAGUCGGACCCUGUGUGGAAGCCCGACGCUAACGGAGCCAUCAAGGAGGUCAAAACAGCCGCCGAGUUGAAGGCAGUUCUCAUCGAUGCUUUCUUGGAGGUCCCCCCUGCGAACUAUGCAAAGGUCACGAUUGAGCAGGUGCACAAUGCGGACUUGGCUCUUUUCAAGUACAUGAUGAAGGAGACUCGCUUCGGCAUCAAACCGCUGGCGGAUGGGACCUUGCCACUUGAAAGAGCCGCCAUGGCUGCGCCAGAAGUUCGCCUAUGCCUACAACCGUGGAAGCACCGGGAGGAGCGUUUGAGACGACAGGUUCAGAACUUGCAGGGUCAGGUGAAGAACCUGCAGGCACAACGAGGGAUGCGCGAGAGAAGGUCCUCUCGUUCCCAUCUCGCGCACACGCCGAAACUGAAGCCACUGCGCUCAGAGUUCUUGCCAGAGGGCUUGGACGACUUGUCCGAAAUCGAUCAGAAGAGGGUCGGCAUUGCCAACAAAAUCUUUUGCACGAUUGCCACAUUUCUGAGCGCAUGUGCGGACAGGGGUAUUGCUAUCUCUGUUGGACAUCCCACCAAGUCGUUGUUGUGGAAAACGUGUUGGUUCAAAGAUCUGCAGCAGAAACACGGUCUGCAUUCAGUCCAUUUUCAGCAAUGUAUCUGGGGUGGCCGCAGCAACAGGUGGUAUACCAUCCGGUGCAAUUUUCAGGCCUUGAAAGCUCUUCGCGGGUCGUGCCAGGGCGGGCACAAGCAUGCACUGUGGGGUGAGCUGCGCAGUGGUUCUGAUAUUGAGUUCCCACCUCAACGAUGCCGAGCUUUUGCUGUUGCAGUUCAGCAGCAUGCCUUGGAAUUAGGAGCCCAGCAGGUGAAGACAACAGGAUCGGAGCAUGCUUCAGCUGCAAAGCAAUCAAGACGGAUGGCUCAGGCAGGCAAGCAACCCCGUGGCAACAAAUUACCUCCAGUUAUAUCGGAGUUCGAGUCCGAAAUCUGGGUUCCUUGGGAUCUUGCACGCCCUGGAAACGUGCCGCAGAAACUCACACAGUCGCAGUGCCAACAUUUCAGCAUUGAAACAACUGCUAAGCUACUGGAGUUCUGUGAAGUGGGUGAUCCUCGGUACUCCAGUUUAUUUUGCCCAGUGCAGGAUGCCAGCAGCUGCGGUGUGCAGCGCUGCGGUGUGCAGCUGCCGUUGGCUAGGCUGGGCGUGUAUCGAACGACGCAGAGGUUUGUGCAGGAAGCUUUGGAAGCAGAGCACCCCUUUGACGGCACGUCCAUGUUAGAUGAUGAUGCAUUGCGGGCAAUGUUCGUCCUUCUGACAGAAGGCCCUGAAGGAGUCCGAAAACGUAGGCAAGCUGCUUUCGAUUUCUAUGAGCAGUUGAGCCGUUCGCUGGAAGAGGCUGAGCAGCAGAUCCAUAACGCGAUGGACCCAGAUCGUGAAGAGUUGGUCCAUGACAAAAAGUUUCUGCUGUUCAAGUCGAUGUGCGAGCAUGCGGGUGACGGCCACUGUUGA